CGCGGACGACCCGGCUGCCGAGAGGACCCUGGGGCAAGAUGGCGGCGCCCAUGCACCAGGUCCGCGGCCUGCUGAGGCUGGCGGCGACCCUACGCUCCGGCUCGCGCGGCUACCGAGCGCUGCCACCUCCACGCCGAUCGCCGGAGCCCUAUUGGCCGGACCCUGAGAACCCACUGACCCCACGCUGGCAGCUGGGUCCGCGCUACGCGGCCAAGCAGUUCGCACGGCAUGGCGCCGCCUCCAACGUGGACCCCGGCUCGUUGUGGCCGACGUCCGAGCAGCUGCGCGAGCUGGAGGCGGAGGAGCGAGAGUGGUACCCGAGCCUGGCGACCAUGCAGGAAUCACUGCGGGUCAAACAGCAAGCGGAAGAACAAAGGCGGCGAGAGAGGGAGCAGCUCAUCGCUGAGUGCAUGGCCAAGAUGCCACAGAUGAUUGAGAACUGGCGGCAGCAGCAGCGAGAGCGCUGGGAGAAGGUGCAGGCAGACAAGGAGCGCAGGGCACGCCUGCAGGCUGAGGCUCAGGAGCGCCUGGGCUACCAUGUGGACCCGAGGAGCACGCGCUUCCAGGAGCUGCUGCAGGACCUGGAGAAGCAACAGCGCAAGCGCCUCAAGGAGGAGAAGCAGAGGCAGAAGAAGGAGGCCCGGGCCGCAGCCAUGGCUGCCAGUGCUGCCCCGGACCCAGCAGCCUCUGGGGCAGCAGCCCCUGAGCUUGCCCUUCCCUAAUAAAGCCUGCUGUCCAGCA